UGGUUGCAUAAGAAAAACUGACCUCCAAUCACUAGAGAUUGCUAUGACGAUUUCCUGUUGUUGUUGGAUUCAGAGGACGAGAGAUUAAUUGCAGAAUAUUUAAUUAAUAUCGUCUAAUUUAUAAAAUAAUUGGAACGGAAUAAGCGUGAACGCAUCCAAAGGAAUAACAACUGGUCGGAGAAAAAAAACGACAAAAUCAAAAUAUUUCACUUCGGGUGUUUCCGUGGAAGCGAAUGACAGAUCGAUUCUGUUUUCUGAUUGGAAAUUUUUCAGAUUUUUACAUCCACACACCUGAAACAGAUCUUCAGUUGACAUUGACAUCAGAGAGAUAUGCCAUCCAUAUUUAUCAUCAUUUAAAGAUUAAAAGGAAAAUGUUCCACCAAAGAAACAAUAUAAGCAUGUUUAUAUAAUUCUGUGGUGAAUUAAACCGAAACACUUCUGAAGAUGAAGAUAAACAGCGGCGAAGGUCACAGUUACUGGAAAUAAAGUAGUGGAACAAUUGCAAGGAAUAACCUGUAGAACUGCGAACAGGUGUAAUAUCUGAAUAUUGUGAGAAAAGGAACAGAACUUGCAUAAGAAAACUUACAUAAGGACCGAAGAGAUAAGAAAAUCACAACAUCACUGAGGUAUCUAUAAGUUGUCAUCAUCUCUAGAAAAUUGAACUCGGAAAAACCAUAUCACUAAUAUCUGUGGUUCAUCAUUCUCUUUAAAUCAUUAUUUAAGUAGCCACAAGCUUAUUUGUACAGGAAAAAAUCAUUAUUACUGAAUACAUCUGUAGUAAAUCCUUCUUUUUAAAUCAUUAUUUAAACCAGCCAUAUCCGGCCAAAAGCAUUCUGCCUGUUUUAUGUUCAAACUGGACAGAUCUGACAUCUCACACCAACCCGACAAUAUCGUUUUAAAAAUUAACAGCUACCUCAUCAAAAUCUCAAAGCUACAAGAUUAAUGAAUGAUUAGUUCAAAACAGUGUGGAUAAAAAAGGAUUAAUUUUGGCAGAAUAAUGUGAACACUAAAGGCUUAAUUAGGCACAAGCUUAUUUGUACAGGAACAAAAAUCACAUUGCUGAAGAUAUCUGUGGUAAAGCGUUCGCUCAUGGAGAUAACUACUCAGGAACGGGUUAACGUAGAUGAUAAGCUACAUCACUGUGAUAUCUGUGGUAAGUCUUUCUCCCGAAACGGUGAAGUAAUUAACCACAGGCGCAUUCAUACAGGAGAGAAGCCAUAUCACUGUGACAUCUGUGGUAAAUCCUUCUCUCAUAACGGAAAUUUAACAACACACAGACGCAUUCAUACGAGAGAGAAACCGUACCACUGCGAUAUUUGCGGUAAAUCGUUUUCUCACGGAAACAACUUGACCAUUCACAAGCGUAUCCAUAUAGACGAGAAACCGUACCAUUGUGAUAUCUGUAGUAAAUCCUUCUCUGGAAGUAGUGACUUAACCAGGCAUAUACGUAUUCAUACAGGGGAAAAGCCUUAUUGCUGUGAUGUCUGUGGAAAAUCAUUCUCUCAAAACGUAAACUUAACUGCACACAAGCGUAUUCAUACUGGGGAUAAACCAUAUCGAUGUGAUACUUGUGGUAAAUCAUUCUGUGAUAAUGGAGUCUUAACUAAACACAAACGUAUUCAUUCAGGGGAGAAGCCAUUUGACUGUGAUAUCUGUGGUAAAUCAUUCUCUGAAAUUGGUUAUAUGACUAAGCACAAACGUAUUCAUACAGGUGAGAAGCCAUAUCAGUGUGACAUCUGUACGAAAUCAUUCUCUCAAAAGAGUGACUUGACCAUCCACAUUCGGAUUCAUACAGGAGAGAAGCCAUUUCAGUGUGACAUCUGUGGUAAAUCGUUCUCUCGAAAUGGCGAAGUAACUGUACACAAACGUAUACACACGGGAGAUAAGCCAUAUCAGUGUGAUAUCUGUGAUAAAUCCUUCUCUCAAAACAGUGAUUUAACUAUACACAAACGUACUCAUUCUGGAGAGAAGCCAUAUCAUUGUGACAUCUGUGAUAAAUCUUUCUCACAAAAAAGUAACUUGACUAAACACGUAGCCAUCCAUUCAGAUGUGUAAGUUGUAUCACUAUCAAAGUUCAUUGUUUUAAAUUUGACAGAAUAAUCUGAAUUUUAAGGGGUUAAAUCAAAUAACUGAGAACCCCAUCAGACAUCUUCGUAGACUGCAAUACUUUGGUGAGAAAGCAUCUAUCACUACCACACACCAUGUCUCAUGGGGUGCCAUGAUUUUUGCCAUAACACAAUCACCUGGAAAUCUUGAAUAAGCAUUAAAUUUGACAGAAUAAUCUGAAUUUUAAGGGGUUAAACCAAAUAACUGAGAACCCCAUCAGACAUCUUCGUAGACUGCAAUACUUUGGUGAGAAAGCAUCUAUCACUACCACACACCAUGUCUCAUGGGGGGGGUCAUGAUUUUUGCCAUAACGCAAUCACCUGGAAAUCUUGAAGCUAUGUGAUAAUGCAUAGUUAAUUCAGAAUACUGUGAAUAAGCAUUAACCCUUUAGUGUUUAAACCGGCCAAAAUAUUCUACCUAUUUUAUGUUCAAACUAGUCAGAUAUGGUCAUUCAUAGCUACCUUAUUGUGUCAUUUUAAAAAUAAACAAUCACAUCAUUGAAAUCUCAAAGCCAUGAAAUGAUACAAGAUUAAUUUUACAUGGUGUGAAUACAUAAGCUUUACAUUUGACAGAAGAAUCUGAAUGCUAAAGGGUUGACCUUGUGGUCUGUAAUCAUACACAUUGCUGUUACCUAUACAGGGCAGUGUUUACUGACAGUUUCACUUCCUAGUGUUCACCCUUUUGUGGAGGCACAUGGCCUAGUGGUUAGAGCAGGGAACUCACAGUCGAGGGAUCGCGGGUUUGAGUCUCAGAGCGGGUGAUGUGUGUGUGUGUAUGAGUGACACACCUAAGUUCCA